UUUUAACUAGCUAUAAGACAGGCAAGUUUCUACAGUCCAAACGGCGCAGUACUAGGCUUACUGGAGGAAUUCGUCUCGUCUAUUAAUGUUUUAUAGAUUUGCUCCUGAGCUUGUACCGUCACCACCAUGUUUUUGGCCAAACAGCUCAUAGGAGGCUUUCUGGAUGUUGUGAGCAAUAUUGAUCAUACCCAGUUUGCUCCUUCUGCUCCACCUCCUCCCAGAAGGCACAUAUCAACCGUUCAGGCUGCGGCGAAUGAGAGCGACGAGGACAGGCAGUUCCGCAAAGUUUUCCAGCAGCUCGCUGGAGAUGACAUGGAAGUAAGCCCUAAUGAGCUGAUGAAUAUUCUCAACAAGAUUCUGACCAAGCAUGCUGAGCUGAAGACUGAUGGUUUCUCAAUUGAGUCUUGCAGGAGCAUGGUGGCAGUAAUGGAUAGCGACAGCUCUGGAAAGUUGGGCUUUACAGAAUUCAAAUACCUGUGGAACAAUAUCAAGAGGUGGCAGGGAAACUACAUCAAGUUUGAUGCAGAUCGCUCUGGGACGAUUGGGGCCAAUGAGCUGCCCGGUGCUUUCAGAGCAGCAGGGUUUCCUCUACCUGAUCAGCUCUUCCAGAUGAUCAUUCGCAGAUACAGUGAUGAAAACGGCGACAUGGACUUUGACAACUAUAUUGGGUGCCUGGUGCGACUGGAUGCAAUGUGCCGUGCUUUUAAGACACUUGACAAGGACAACAAUGGUACUGUCAAAGUCAACAUUAAGGAGUGGCUGCAGUUGACUAUGUACUCUUAAAGCAAAAUGAAUCUCUAUAAUCUCAUGUCAGCAUUGGACUCUUGACUACAAUAAUCCAGUUUUAUUUUUUGAAUCAUUGCAUUGUAGUUAUGCAGUCUCCUUUUUAUGCCGAUUGUAUUAAACCAAUAAAACUGUAUACUUUUAAAAAAAAAA